CGCACGAAAUGUGAAACUCGAAAACUUGUCGGUAUUCGAUCUUGGUUUGUGCAGGCCCUCGUGUCGAGGACGACGGAAACCAAGCUUGAACAAUGGCUGUCAUCCUCGCUUACAAAGGUUAUACCGCCCGCUCCGCCGUGAGCGCGGCCAGCGUCGUUGAGCACUUGCUCCAUUGGGCAUCCGUCCUACGGCAGCUCACAAAAAUGCGUUCGGUGGAUACCGUUGCCCUAACAUCGAUACAAAGCGUAGGUUGAUGUUACCGCAUGUAGCGAUGCAUGAGAUCUCUUGAAGGACCCGAGCGAAGGAAUGACGCCUGCAGCGAGGUGAAAAAGGGUAUUUAAGAAGGCGCCAAACUCCACAUUCCCCCAGUUCAUCCCCAUUCGCGACAUCUCAAGCAUCACAGCCAUGUUAGUCAAGUCAGCUCUUCCCCUUUUGGCCUUGGCCACCAGCGUCGCUGCCCACGGCCGGGUGACAUCUCCCGUCGGACGCACCGUCGGUCCGGCGUACCAGACAAAUUGCGGAAACGCCAUCUUCAACACCCAAGCCGCCGAUCCCAACGGCAAUGUGCAGGACUUGAUGCAGAAGUUGCCUGCCGGUACGGAUCCCUCUAAGUGCAACCUCCAGCUUUGCAAGGGAUAUUCGUUUGCGGACAACGUCGACCGCGUGGAGUCCUACACCGCUGGCCAAGUCGUUCCUAUUACGGUCGACAUUCGUGCACCCCAUACUGGUACCGCCAACGUCUCCGUUGUCGACCUCGCCACGAACACUUUGAUCGGAAAGGAGUUGAUCUACUUUUCCGUCUACGCGUCGACGAGAACUCCUGCAGUCGCUGCCGAGCGCAACUUCGCCGUCACCAUCCCCGACUUGGGUGGCAAAUGCACAAAGCCCGGACAAUGCGCUCUCCAAUGGUGGUGGGAUUCCCGCGAAGCCAACCAGACCUACGAGAGCUGCAUUGACUUUGUUGUUGCUGGGAGUACCGCCCCAAAGCCUAGCACGGCUGCUCCCGUCCCAAAACCUACCACCGCCGCUCCCAUUCCCAAGCCUACCACCGCCGCCCCUCAACCCAAGCCGACAACCGCGGCUCCCGUUCCUAAACCCUCCACCGCUGUCCCCAAGCCUAGUCAAACCCGCCGGACCAGGACGCGUGCCACUCCCAAGCCCACCGCUACCACCGCGCCACCACCUGCACCCAAACCCACCACUGCUCCAGGCACCACCCGUUGCGCGGAUGUUCAGCCCCAGUGCUGGGACCAGCAGCGCCAGCUGUGGAACGACUUCAACGCAUGCAUCUCCAAGCAAGGCAUGUCAGUUGCGUGCACGGCCAUUCAGAACAAGGCCGUCGCAAAGGGCACCGAGUGCAACAGCUUGAAGUGCACAUGGUAGAUGCGCAUACCCGCAUGUAGAUAUCCCCAUUUGUAUAAAUCCACCCUAGAAUUUGAACGAUCCACUGAGCUACGCAACUCAAUAGAGACUCCCUAAACGGAUAUAGAUAGCGUUGGUAAUCCGAUAGAAUUUCCUUCAAUGGCAAAU